AUGAUGAUGGUCCCCAGGGCCUUUGCCCACAACCCACUGGCGCAGAGACAACAGCACAUCGACUUUAAUGAGAAAGAGAAGGAUAGGUUAUCAUCCCGAAGGCAGCCGCGAGACACCAAUCCUCGACCUCCUGCCCUUUCAGCUCUCACCCAAGGUCUUUCUCAAGAGCCAGUCGAUUCCCCCCUCCGACCCUCCUCAGACCCUGUCAAGAUACCUCUGCGGACGACGGAGAGACAAACUCUCAUCACACCUCGACAUCCUGUUACUUUGCAUUCACAGUCUCCAAGAUAUCUCACACCCCCAGCCGCCAGUUCUCAGUCUCAGUCGCUGGAAAUCCCCCGACGGAAACACUCAGCCCAAGAGAUUUUGACGUCGACCACCAUCCCUGUUCGACGAAAGCCUAAGCAAAGACCGAGUCAGCGCCUGCCGAACUGUGACUAUGUCGCAGACUUCAGUAAGCUGUUGAGGGAUGAUGUGCCGCCUAGCAAUGAUGGGAGCCUCUCGGGCAGUUGGACAAACCCACAAUUCGAAGGACUGUUUGGUAAUAUUGACGGCCUCGUCGAGGGGCAAUUGAUUGUGGGCAGUGAAAGUCUUGACCCUGGAAUCCUAUCCGCCAGGUCGCUUUCAACCGAGUCGAUGCCUUCUCUGUCUUCACCAGACGACUUCAGCAGUCUUUCUCCCGCAACUCUCAGAUCUCCUUCUGAUCAUCGAUUGCGGCAGAUGGCCAGUUCGGAGGAUUGCAGCAACCAACAUCCCCUCUUACCCAAGGACGAGGAGGAGGAUUUUAGUGGAACGUCGACGCCAGAACUGAUCAUUUCACCACCAGCAAGGAUGAGACGGAGGCCAAUCUUCCCCGAUAAAAAACAGAGCUCGUUCAAGUCGAGUCUGACGGCAUCUCUAAAAGCACUCAAAUCUGCCGCUCAGACCGUAUCCGAUAUGGCGAGCAACCCGCCGCUGAUGCAAUCAGACGAGUUCCUAUCGAGAUCUGUCUUCGAAUUUAGGCCGUCCCUUACCGACGAUCGUCGUCCUCCACCAUCAGACGAACCUCCUUCUGCAGCCUUGAGAAGGUAUCUGAACCCAAACACCUUUGUCCCUCCUGACUCUCCCGCUCAACUGCAUUUCUGGGUUGACGAGAAACCCGUUGCCCCUUCAUCAGGUCUGGACACCCGACCGAAACUCAAGAUCAAGAAGAAAUAUCGAAGUCAGAGAUCCGCUUCUCCUUCCAUCAACGAGGGUGCCCCAUUCGUGGCUUCUAGGAGCGCCGUCUCCCAACUUCCGCCUGUCGUCCAGCUUGCGACUUGCAUCCCUUCGACCAUCCGCACCGCGCAUGCUUCUAGCCCCCCAACCUGGCUCGAACCUGACGGUACGCCGAGCAACAAAUUCCGAGCCGCGCAGACGCUGUGGGCGGAUCCCGAGAACGGCAUAGAGGAAGGUCAACCGCGGUUACGCGAGCCUCGAGAGAAUCGGGAUUUCUUGCGAGUUUUUGUGUGUGAGCUGAACAUGCGUAAGAGUGGCAAGUUGAGCGAAGAUGCGGUGGGCCACGCAAAGGCGUGGUUGCCGCCUGUUGACGAGGCGCCGAAGAGCAAAGAUCAGGAGGCAGAUGACGUGGACGGAAAGAAGGGUGGAAAGGGAAAGAGAAGAAGGGUAGACGCGAAGGACAGGUGGAGGAGUUGGUCAAUCGAAGAUUUGUAA